UUGGUUAACUUGUUGUAAUUAAGCUAUCAAUUUUCUACGAUGUGUUUAUGAUUUAUUAUCCAUUUUUAUUUAAAUAUCUAACAUAGUUUUCAAAGUUAGUGAACGGUUGAGUUAUGGCGAGCUCCAUUAUCCUUGCUGGUCUUGGGAUGGCUGCAGUCGGUUUUGCUGGUCGGUACGUCUUGAAGCAAGUGCCUAAUGCCUCUGUGAAAUUUGCGGAGGCUGUUAAAAACUUUCCGAAAUUUGAUGCAGAAUCUUUAGCAACAUCAAAAUAUUAUAAAGGUGGAUUUGAACAAAAGAUGACUAAAAGAGAAGCAUCUUUAAUUUUGGGUGUAAGUCCUACAGCUAAUAAAGCCAAGAUAAGAGAUGCUCAUCGAAAAAUUAUGUUACUUAACCAUCCCGACCGAGGAGGAUCCCCACUCAUUGCUGCCAAGAUUAAUGAAGCCAAAGAUGUCCUGGAGGGUGGCAAAUCAUAACUUUGGAUAUUAGUUCAUUAUCAUCCAUACAUGUUAGACUUUGCAUAAAGUAAUUGUGUAUUAGUUACAGAUAUGCCUUGGGGUUGUUUAAUUUCAG